AUGGCAACCCGCUCCCGGAGCACCGCUCGUCCCCCGUCCCCUCUUGAUCAAGGAGAGCUGGGACCCGCUAUUUCGGCAACCGCCGAUGAGCCAACAAACCUCGAACCCGAGGUCUACGGGGAAAUAUCCCUCGGACGAGCAAUCUCCCUUAUCCUGGGAUUGCAAAAUCAAGUCCUCCGACUCGAGCGGGAACUCGAAGAAACAAAGGAAGCAACAAAGGAAGCCCGAGACUGGAUGGGCGCGGUCGAUCAAGCCCUCACUCGCAUCGAGGCUAGGGGUGGAGCCCCCCACACCCAGAAGACCGGAAACCUCCGGCAUGCGCCCCUCGUCGCCUGGGCCGUCCCCUCCAAAGCUCCCCCCGCCUUUGCACAACCAACUCCCGUCCGGGCCCCCCUGCGAGUCCAUACUCCCCCUCCACCUUCGCCUAUCCGCCUCCGUUCCCCCCAAGUCCCACAACCAGCGGCCCCUGUAGCCACUUAUCAAACCCCUGUCAAGGUAGACCACCCUGACGCCUAUACAGGGAAAAUAGGGAACGAAGCCCGCCAAUGGCUCACGCGAAUGUUGGCAUGGGUACGUCUAAAUCAAAGGAUGUUCCCAACUGAUCAGGAGGUUCUAUCAUUCCUCCUGAUGAAUAUGAAGGACGUGGCAGGAGCCUGGGCCCAUCCCCAUCUUGACCAACUAGGGUCCCACAGGGCCCUAAUCCAAUUGGUCGACGACUUCAGGACGGAGUUCUUGGCUGCAUUUGGUAACCCGGAUGCUACGCGAGCCGCUGAGCGGCAAAUCACCCACCUUACUCAGACAGGCACCUGUGCUGAGUACAUUACAAAGUUCAGGACCAUUGCCAUGGACCUGGACUGGAAUGACGCCGCCCUCCGUGGGCAAUUCGCACGUGGCCUCCACUGGGAGGUCAGCCGUCUCAUUGCUACCCGAGAGCGGCGCCCCACCACACUCCUUGAACUGCAGAAUGCAGCCCUGGUCAUCGACAACGCCCUCCGUGAGGAGCGCGCCAGCCACCCGCCUAAGGGUAAUAAGUCUGGCACCUCCACUACCACCCCCAAUAGGGGGGCGAGUACCGGCCAGCAGGCCACAAGACCAGGGCGCCUCUCCAGCAACCCCAACUUCGUCUCCGAGGAGGAACGCAACCGCCGCAGGGCUGAAGGCCUCUGCAUCAAAUGCGGUAAGACGGGCCAUAAAUUUGCGGAAUGCCGCACUGGCUGGAAAGCCACACCCAAGGAGGAAGGUGUCAAAAGGAAACCGCCAAAAUUGGCGAAGAAUCUGGACCCGAAUUGGGAAAAGAUUAAGGAGAAACAAGCGGAUCACUUAGAAGUCCUGAUAGAUUCAGGCGCCACCUCAUCCUUCCUACACCCACGAACCGCCGAGGCAUUACGCCUACCCCUAAUAGAUCUCCCUUCACCCCGCACCAUUACUAUGCUCGAUGGGUCGAGCCCCCAAGCUGGCAAGAUCUGGAAAAAGGCUAACCUAACCUUCUCCUUUGAUGGCAAACGCAUGACCGAGACCUUCCUUAUUUGCAAUACAGGGUCCCAUGCCGCCAUCUUAGGAUUGAAAUGGUUGGACGCCCAUAAUCCGGAGAUUGAUUGGAAUUUGCGUACACUCUCCUUCCCUCACACGCCACCGGAACAGGUUGCCAUUGCCGAAGAGGAGGAAGCUGACAAGAACCCCCUCAAAGGAGUACCCUCUGAAUACCACCAAUAUGCCAAGGUAUUUGGAGAAGAAGAGUUUAACAAGCUUCCCCCGCACAGGCAUUACGACAUUGGCAUUGAGCUUACGGAGGAGGGCCCCCUUAACUCGCCCCUUUAUAGCAUGACUGAUGCCGAAUCCGCCACACUAAAAGACUGGCUCAGGGACGAGCUCAAAGCUGGGAAGAUCCGUCCCAGCAAGUCAUCCAUCAGCUCCCCCGUCAUGUUUGUCCCCAAAAAGGAUGGAUCCCGUUGCUUGGUUGUAGACUAUUGUUGCCUAAAUAACCGGACCAAAAAGAACGUGUACCCACUACCCCGUCCCGAUGACCUAAUGGCCCAACUCCGUGGCGCCAAGGUGUUUACUAAAUUGGACCUUCGGUGGGGUUACAACAAUGUCCGUGUCAAAGAAGGUGACGAAUGGAAAACUGCGUUCUGUACCAAAUAUGGCCUUUACGAAUCCCUUGUCAUGACCUUUGGCUUAACUAACGCCCCCGCCUCAUUCCAACACUUCAUGAACGACCUAUUUAAGGACCUAUUGGAUGUAUGCGUCAUCAUCUACCUUGAUGACAUUCUGAUUUACUCUAAAGAUGACGCAUCACACACACAUCACGUUCAUGAAGUCUUACGGCGUUUGAUGGAAGACCAGCUGUUCUGCAAAGCGUCAAAAUGUACCUUCCACGUUACCUCUGUGGAAUACCUUGGGAUUAUUGUCUCUGAUAAGGGUUUUAGCCUGGAUAAGCUUAAAAUCCAGGCGGUACAGGAAUGGCCGGUACCCACCAAAGUCAAGGAAGUCCAGUCGUUCCUGGGGUUUGCCAAUUUCCUCCGUCGCUUUGUCGCCAACUUCAGCCACAUGGCUAGGCCGCUACACAACCUAGUCAAGAAAGACACGCCUUGGAAGUGGGACACAAAAGAACAGAAAGCAUUCCAAGGGCUGAAGGACGCCAUAACCAACGCCCCCGUACUCUGUCACGCUGACCCUACCAAGCCCUAUUUCUUAGAAACGGAUGCUUCUGGUGCAGCCUUAGGCUCCAUUCUCAGCCAACGACAGGAAGACGGCCGCCUCCAUCCGCUUGGCUUCCUAUCCAAAUCAUGCAAAGGAGCCGAGCAGAACUAUGACACACACAAUAAGGAACUCCUAGCAAUCAUUCGUUCCUUUGAGUAUUGGCGCAUAUUCCUGGAAGGCACCGCACAUCCCAUCACGGUAUUCAUGGAUCAUCGCAACUUGGAGUAUUGGAAAGAGUCCAGAACAUUCAACCGACGUCACGCCAGAUGGCACUUGUUACUAGCUGGGUAUAACUUCCAAAUCGUAUACCGCCCCGGGAAACAAUCAGGAAAGCCGGACGCACUCUCACGCCGAUCAGACCAUGCCGAUAUACCUCCUGCCGACCAGACCAUGCUCCCCGACCCUGUCUUUGCCAACGUAGCUCUAGUCACUCCUGAAAAGGAACUCCAGCGUCAAAUUGAGGCCAGUCUAGACCAAGACAAAUCCCUGGAAGAAAUAUUACAAUUCCUCCAGAACGAGUCCAAGGCACCACCGUCUAUCAAACGAGCAUUUAAGGAUUACGAGAUGGAAGCAGGCCUACUCUUCUACCAAGGGCGAAUUGUGGUACCAGACGUUGGGACAUUGAGAACAGACUUGCUCCGUAUAUUCCACGACAGCCCCUUGGCCGGCCACCCAGGCAGACAACGGACCUUAGAACUGGUAUCCAGGAACUACUACUGGCCUGGUAUCCGUGCAGACACGUAUUGGCAUGUGGACUCCUGUGAAACGUGCCAAAGGAUUAGGAAGCCCAAAUACGCGCCGAUCCCGCCUCAGCUGCUCGAACUUCCUGUUAAACCCUGGCAACACGUGUCUUACAACAUGAUAGUGGAUCUGCCCAAGGAUGGAAGUAACAACUCCAUCUUGGUCAUAGUGGAUAGCUUCACAAAGUAUGGAAUCUUUGUCAAAUGUUCCAAGAAGCUCAAAGCACCUGAACUGGCGGAGUUGUUCUUGGAGCACGUAUGGAAACGGCAUGGUAUGCCCAAGAAAACGGUCUCAGAUAGAGGAAGGGUCUUCAAUAACAAAUUCCUGAGGGCGCUGUACAAACGCCUAGGAAUAGACCCCCACUUCUCCUCGGCAUACCAUCCCCAGAGCGACGGACAGACAGAACGGGUUAACCCAUCCAUUGAACACUUUCUCAGGGCAUACUCAGGAGUCAACCAACGGGACUGGACCAAAUGGUUACCCAUGGCCAAAUUUGCGUACAACAAUGCGGUCCACAGCAGCACGGGGAAAACACCAUUCAAAGCCUUGUACGGAUGGGAACCGACCCUGACACCUUCUAACGUACCCACGGAUGUACCAGAAGCCGACGACUUAGCCCAGGCAAUGGAGGCACAAUGGAGGGAAGUGGAAUCGGCACUCCGGCAAUCCAAGCAACGCAUGACGGCCGGAGAAGAGGGAAGCCCAAUAGAGUUUGAGAUUGGAGAAGAAGCCUGGCUGGACGCCAAAAACGUCAACCUCAAAACCUUAAGUCCAAAGCUUACAGAACAACGCCUAGGACCAUUCAAAGUUAUUGAGAGAAUCUCCGACCGGGCCUACCGCCUAGAACUGCCUCCUACCAUGCGAAUCCACAACGUCUUCUACGUAGGACUCCUAUCUAAAGUAAAAAGGGACAAGAAACGCGCCUUCAAGAACCGCCCCCCACCAGUCACCGUGGAUGGGGAAGAAGAAUACGAGGUAGAGGGGAUUACCGAUGCAGAAGAACGGAACGGGAAAUGGUUUUUCAGGGUAAAAUGGAAAGGUUACGGCUCGGAAGAGAACACAUGGGAACCCCGGGAGAAUCUGAAGAACGCAGAAAAAAUUUUGAAAAAAUACGAAGAAGACAUGAAGAAGAAGGCCCUCGGCGCUGCCAAGGCCCUUAGAGGGGGGGCAGUGUCGUAG